CACAGGUUUAUGCUGUUUUACCUCUAAAAUAAUAAAACAACAACAACAAUAUCUACAACCAGCAAACGGUGGAAUUGUCAACAAAUGAGCUCCUAUUUUGUGAACUCAUUCUGCGGUCGCUAUCCCAAUGGCGCGGACUUCCAGUUACAUAAUUAUGGAGACCAUAAUACGGCAAACGAGCAAUACAGAGACUCAACAGCCAUGCAUUCCAGCAGGUACGGCUAUGGCUACAACGGGAUGGACCUAACAGUCGGGCGGACCGGUACCGGACACUUUGUGGGCAACGAGCGGACAUCGGGCUACUCCCCGAGUCACUCAGCGGCGACGACACCCUCCGUGGAGCCGGUCAGGUACAACCAGUCCGCCAACAGCACCGGGACCACGUCUUUAUCGCCACCACCUGACCCGCUGCCGUGCUCCUCGGUCGCCACCUCGUCCCCGGUCCCCGAGCCUCAGUCCCAACACCGAGCCGUGAAAAACUCUAUAACGACCCCGUGCUCAACCCCGUGCUCGAGCUCGAACGGAGGCACGCUGCUGCUCAGCCGGGACUGUGUGUCCAAAGCUUCGCCCCUCGAGGAAGAGAAGCCUGCGGGAAGCGCACCAACAACUCCUCAAAAUGUCAGCGACUCUUCACAGCCUCAGAUAUAUCCGUGGAUGAGAAAACUACACAUAAAUCAUGAUUUGUCAGGACCAGAGGGGAAGAGAGCCAGGACUGCAUACACCCGGUACCAGACCCUGGAGCUGGAGAAGGAGUUCCACUUCAACCGCUACCUGACCCGCAGGCGCAGGAUCGAGAUCGCCCAUGCCCUCUGCCUCACAGAGAGACAGAUCAAAAUCUGGUUUCAGAACCGCAGGAUGAAGUGGAAGAAAGACAACAAGCUGAAGAGCAUGAACAUGGCGGCCGCAGGCGGGGGAGGCUACAGGCCUUGAUAUUCACUCCUCUAACCCCCCUGAUAGCGAGCACUAUGAAAAAAAUCAAAACAAAGAUUGUCAUAUCAACUUCUCCUCCUGUUCCACAAAAAAGCGCAGAGACUUGUGACCGGGCUGUGUGCGGGACAGGGGACACCCCACACUAGCCCACUGUAUGUCCAACACCCGUCCCAUUAUAUUCUCUAAUAUUAUUUUCCUUUUUUAUUUCCACCGUGGUAAUGCUUAUGUGCGUAAAAAUGCAUAAUGUACAGUUCUGUCUAGAUUUAGUAGAAAAAGAAAUAAAUGUUUGUUUAAAUUAUUUCUUGUUCAGACGAAAAAAAAAAUAAAAGCUUGAAAUGCUACCUAUACCGCAAAUAAAUCCAGUAAAAGUUGUGAUGCACUCAGAACAAUACCAGCCUAAUAAAAAUAGAGAUUUAAGGGUUGAGCUGCCUUUUUGUGUUUAGCCUUCGUUUUCUAUGUAUGUACUGUAUAUGUAUGUAUUUAUUUGUUUGAUGUAUUGUACCAACUUGUCAGCUUCCAAAAAGUAGAGCCAGCAGUGAGCCUUGUGUGGUUAUUAUGUGCGUUGUGAACACAUGUAUGGACAGAGGUGCCGACUCAGUCUUGUAUGUACAGUAGCUGUGCCUUGCAUCUUUGUUUGUUUUGCUGCUGUUUGUUCACCUGGGCGCAACAUCUUAGUAAAAAAAAAAAAUACGUGUUUUGUCUUUGUUUAGCUGUUUUUUUGUGUGGAGGGUCCCCCACAGUAAAUCUCAUGAUGUGUAUAACUCCAUCGUAAUGCUUUUUGUAAAUGUUUUUCAAAGACUGGAAGUUAAGAAUAUACUAUAAUAAUAAUGAUGAUG